AUGGUCUUAUUCCUAUAUUAUAAAUCUUCGUUAGGUCAUUUUAUCGCGACGUCCUUAAAUACAGGUCAAAUUCAGUUAUGGAAAUACGAUUGGAAACGUGAUCUGUGCAUAGCUCAUACCUACGAAGAUUGCCAGCGAAGUGUUAAUUCAUUAACAUUCGAUCCUUAUCGUCCAAACCUACUCUAUGCUGGUUCACAAAGUCAGAUAGUUGUUUUCGACUUAAGAGAAAAGAAGUUAGUUUCUACAUACUUAGAUCGCGAAGAUGCAGUGAGAGAUUUACGAUUCCCAUAUUCGGAUAGGUCAGAAUUUGCAACUGCUCACGAUAGUGGGAAAGUGAUGAUAUGGGAUACAAGAAAAUCUGAUAAAUGUUUAAGAGUAAUUUCAUGCCAUGCUCAUGUAGUAUUUUCUUGUGAUUGGCAUCCUACAAAUAAUCAACGAAUGGUUACAGCCGGACGAGAUCAAUACAUAAAGGUCUGGGAUCUCUCUGAUAGCGUUGAAUCAGCAGUUUACACUAUCUUAACAUAUGCGGGUGUAAGAAAAGUACGAUGGAGACCCGGUCAUGAUGAUCAAUGUGCAAGUUAUGGAUCUAUGGCAUGGGAUUGUGAUAUUAAUAUAUGGGAUUUAAGCAGAACAUAUAUUCCUGUAGCCGUGUUAAAAAAUCAUUCACAGGUGAUUUCAGGUCUGAUCUGGAGGGACAGCAAUUCCUUAAUUUCAAGUUCAGCAGAUAACAGAAUUUUGCUCGAUGAACUAAAGAAUCCUCACAUUCCUGCCAAAGAUGCUACCCCUUCCAGUCUUACUUUCAAUGCUUAUGGGCAUCUAUGCACGGCAAUACGUACGCCUGUUGCAGAUAAGGAGAGAAAAGUGUCGGUUCCGGAUUUAGAUCACUUUGGAAAAGAUCUAGUUUUAGAUGAAGAUGAUACGGACGGAAGUUUAUCGGAUGAUGCACCAAGCAGUUCUUAUGCAUUCACUUCUGCUAUGAGCGAUGACGGCGAAAUUGGUAUAGGUGCUCUUGAUGGCGAGGUUUCCAUAUUUUCUUUUCAAGCUCCGGGUCAUAUGCCGACGGAGGCCUUUGAGUAUGCGAGCUUAGAGAAUGAUGGCGAUAACUCUGAAAGCUACUCAAAACCAACGGAACUUGUAGCAGAUUUAUUCGUGACUAAGCCUACACCAGAAAUGAUAGUUCGCUCUUGGAAAUUUUCGGACAUUAUUCCAGAUUUGUUAAAAUCUUAUGCUGAUGAAGGAGAUGUUCAAACGUGCGUUUCAAUAAUAGCUGCUCUUGGAGAACGAUUUGAUGUUACAUCAAUUAAUGAAGAGACUGUCGUUAAUUGGUAUAAUUAUUAUUUAGAGAUUCUAGACAAAUUUGAGCUUUGGAAUGCUCAUAACGAACUUAUCAAAACUGCUCACUAUAGCGCUAUCAGGGAGUUAAGUUUCUCUUGGCCUUACAACACUGGGUGCAACAAUUGUAAAAAGGUUGUGAAUAAAGCUGGUUGUUGUAAUAUUUGUAAGAAGCAAGCCGCUUUGUGCUCAGUUUGCCAUUUGCCUGUAAAAGGACUUUACGUAUGGUGUCAUGGAUGUGGGCACGGAGGACAUUUGCAGCAUAUGAAAGAAUGGAUAAAAAAAAAUCAUGUUUGUCCAACUGGCUGUAAACACCGAUGUGAAUAUGACUGA